GCGCAGUAGAAAUUUUACCGAGUAGGCGAGUCGAAAUCUGUGUCACAACGGAAGCACCGAAAAAAGGAAAAUACACUAAAGGCCAAACAAGAAAUUCUAUCGAUCCGUCGGUUUAUGGAAUCAAGUGAACCGUAUCGCGCCUAGGAGUUAAUCGUGCGUAGAGCAUCAUGGACUUUAUCGCGAGUAUCAUGAAAAGGCCUAAGAGCAUCGCCACCACUGGCAUUACCUCCACUCAGUCAGCGGCCAUGGAGGCCUCAGAAGCUGCUAGUCCCCCGGAAGAUCUUCCAUCAGCAAAGGUUACCGAAGGAGUUUCACUGAUCUCCCCCCACCUCAGCACUCUACUUGAAUCUGCUUCGGAGGAUCUGCUGCGUUUAGAAGAACAGCACUGCAAUCUGCUGAUGGAACCCGUCCCCAUUCCACUUGCAGCUCCCGAAACCAACAGUGCUAGUAGGGAAACCAUCCAGCAGCUCCUUAGUGAAAUUAACGUGAAUCUAAACCAAGUCAGUGCCAAUGAAAUGGAGCACUUGCAGGCCAUGAGUGGCGAGCUAAGUCCGCUGGCGGUGAAGCCCAAUCCCAAGCCAUCGAGCAUGGAGCAACAGAAGGCUCUGGUCGCUGCUCUGGGGCACCAGACGGCAGCAACUGGUUGCCAAAAUCUUAAUGUGGGAGUGGUUCCAAAAUUUGGAGGUCUGCCAGAGUUUGACGAGACGCAAAUACCAGAACUGGCUCCUUCAAGUGCCGAAAUGGAGGUUCGCCACUCGGAUUCAGAUGUUUUUGUGGAAUGUCUAUCGCUUCAUAGCGAGAGGUAUACCGCAGAUCGCUCUGAGUUAGAAGCCUAUUCGAGUGCUCUUAACGAUGUGUUGGAGCAGCAGCUGUCCAUGACAUCAGCUGCAGCUUUGGAUAACGAAAUCGAAGAUCCUUUGGCUGUUAACCAGAACGACAACGUCAGCUAUGAAGCCAUGGAUGUGGAUGAUAUCAGCGAAACCAUGGAAAUGUUAAAGGAUGUAUUAGGCCCCGAAGAUCAUCAGCUUUUGCAACAACAUAUUCUCAGUGAAUCUCAGCCAGUUUUACAAUUAAGUAAGCAGGAGAUCAAAAUACAGGAAACAGAACGUCCAAGUCCGGACGAAGUAAUACAGAAAGACGACGAUCAAGGUCAUCAUCAGAUCCAAAAUCCGCCGCUGGAGGAGCCAGAACAACCUAUACAACCCCAACAACCUCCGAAUGUCCAAAAGCCCUCGGAACUGACUGAGGUCCAUACAAGUACCUCUAUUGAGUUCCCCAAGAAAGAUCAAGAAACUUCGGUGGUUGUAGAAACCGCACAGAGCACUGAAUUGGAUCUACCAAAAGCAUCCUUCAGUCUUGAGCAAAAUACAUCACCGGCUGUAGAGGCUACCGAGGAAGAAAUUAGCGGGGAGGAGUUUGAACCCAUGGAAGUAGAUGUCUCUAUUAGGAUGGAUGAAGCAACGGAGCUUGGGUCGUCUCGGCACCCACAUGUCGAAAUCCAGGCACCAAAUUUAACCCCUACUGCGUCUAAAGUCUCAGAAGAAAAUAACCAGAAUGUGGGCGUACCAGAAGAUCCAUUGAAGAGUACUGGUCUGCAGCCAUCAGAAGUACCACUACCAGCAGCUCCGCUCUCACCACCCAUACCCACACAUACCCUUCAGGACAAAACGGAUGAGCUGGGUAAUUCUCCGCCCAUACCCACACACCGCCCAAAAACAGCUGAGGAAUUAAAGUUCCUAGCCCUAAAGGAGCUACCGUUGCCAGAUGAUAUUGAUACUGAAAGUAAUGUUCCUCCGCCGAUACAAGAAGUGGAUAACGUGGCACCGGACGAGCAAGCUCAUAUCCGUUUAGUUGCUGCAGUCACACCCAGACAAAAGCGAUCGGCGACGCCUUUGUCGUUGGAUGUGGGAGGUUGUACCACCGAGGUAUGCACUCCAGAACCCACGUCGCCAAGUUUUCCUCUCAAAGGACAGGCGGAGAAACCAUCUCAUUUCCCGCGCUCUCCACAUGCUCCACCAGAGCAGGAAGAGAUGCCCUACCUGGAAGAAGCUGUGAUAGAACCAAAGCAAAGCGGUUUUGGAGCUGGAGUCAUCGCUAAGUCAGCAGUAGUCAUUGAGGUAACACAAUCGAGUCCGGAGAAGCAGCAACAUCUUAAUGAAACCUUGCCAAUGGAGGAGCGUUCACCCUCACCCUUGAAUGAGACCUUUGACAGCGGUUGGAAAAUGGAGGAUAAGCCACAGGCGGAUUAUCAGGAUAUUGAGGGUUCCUCCACAUAUGCAGUAAGCCUUGGAUCGGUCGACGAUCAUCAACGCCGAACUUUUUCGGUAAUUCAAUCUACGGCGGAUACGGGCGAGUCAAAAGCUCAACAGACAAUAUUUAAGGAAAAGGAAAAUGCGCGCCGCACCUUCUGUUUAGAGCAAAAUGCAUCGCCAGCUAUGGAGGCCACCGAAGAUGCAAUGGGUAAUGACGCCAUGGAUUUGGAUGUGUCCUUGAGGGUAAAUGAGGUAACCAUUGUUAAGACACCUCAGAAAAUCGAAAAAGAGUCACAGGCACCUAUCUCAAACUCGCCCCCGAUUCCCACUCAUCAACAUUUAAAGAGAGCCCCUAUUCAUGGUCUGAACUCUCCUGUGUCGCCACUGGGUAAUGCUACUGUUGUUUUGGAGGAGCAGGCCCUAUCUGCCAAGGAACAAGCCACCCUUAGUGCCAGCGAUGAGAAGGAUGAUGUUUUUGUGGAGCACUUCGGUGCCAUUUCUCCUGUUUCGGAUGACAUGUUCAAGACCCCACAGUUCACCAGCAGUAGUUUCAACAAUCAAGCCAAGAUGAAGGCCAAUGGUGCUGGGGAAAUGGGAGGUAAAGCUGCUGCUGCGAUGAAUAGACAAGGACGUGCUGCCUCUGUUGAGGAGGAGGCCGUCUUUGAUGCCCAAUUCCAGGAUGGCGCCAGCAACCAAAACCUAAUACUGAACUCAUUAGAUUUUGAUUAUUUGUACACGAAAGGCAGCAAUAAUGCGCCCAUCGAUCGGAGUUCGCUGCUGCUGAAGUUUGACCCGCUUCUUGGAGCCCCUGUUCCCGUUAACCAUCCGAGUCAGCAGGAGCAGGCGCUGCUGAAUAUCCUGGGCUCUAAUCAAAACAGGAUCCUAAGUCCCACAUUGGAGGAGCACGAGACAAGUGGCGGAAACCAGUCGUUUGGAAUAGUACCCAGUGCCAAAGAUACCGCCAAGAAGUUGGACUUUAAGCCACCUGUGGAUAGGACAAAAAAGCAUGUUAAAAUGAGCGUGGACGUCAUUGAUAACGAUUGCAACAAAACCUUCGAUAAUUCCAACCUUAAUACGGAGGACAAAACCCACAGCUACAACAACAUGGAUGAGCUCGAGAAGAAAAUAAAAAACGAAGUAACAAGGUCCGAGGACAUUGAGAAGAAGCUGAAGGAGGGAGAGCAGCGGGAAGAAGCGCUGAUCAAACGUAUCACAGAAAAGGAUAAAACAAAUGCAAAGCUGAACGGUGUCAUCGAAGCUUAUGAGAAGGCCAUUGCGGAGCUAAUCAGUGAAAAGGAGCAGCAGGCGCAGCUGCACGAGCGACAGUUGCAGGAAGUACAGGCAGACCGGGAUGCCAAUUACCAUCACUUAACCUCGCUGGAAACGACAUUCUCCGAUCUGCAUGUGAAAUACGAAAAGAGCAAAGAGAUGACCUCGCAGCUUAAGAGUAACGAGGAGACUCUUCUGGCAGAGCGGAAGCAAAUGAUGGACAAUCUGCGGUUGCAGGAGCAGCGCUACGACAAGAUGAAAAACCACGCCAUGCAGCAACUGGAAAUUGCCAACAAAAAGCUGGACACGUACGCUAGGGAGCAUGCGGACGAGUCGAAAAAACUAAAAGCUUUACUUAAGAAGGAGGAGAUCUCGCGUGUCUCAAUGACGGAACAGCUGCAACAGAAGUCGCGCGAGAACGCCGAUCUGCUGAAGAUCUGCGAGGAGCUCAUCUACGGAAAAGGACAAGGUGGUAGUAGUUAAACUCAACCCGCGGAUUGCCCGGAAUGUAUUUUAUAUGUUGCUGUAAAAUCGCACACACCCCCAUCACAACACUCUCAUCCGGCAUGUGGAGCCCAUCUCGCAGCAUGUCCGUAGAAAUGUAACUGCGCCUCGAUCAUCGUCACCCCCAUUCGUAUCAUGGUGUAAUAACUGCUCGGUUGCGUGCUCUUAACUGAAUAAGAAAAUGCAGAUGCAGAAUUGUUUCAUAUUGCCAACUCCACUUAUGUUGACUUUCAAGAUGUUCACCUAACGUUCCGAUGCAUAUUAUACUUUUUCUAGAUUUUUAGUUGACCCGUAAACACUCACUCACACAAGUCACAGGCAGACCCAUCGCGUUCCGUUUGAGUUCCAUUCGUCCUGCGGGUCUGGUUGGCCGGCAUAUGUUACUAAUUCUCUAUCGUAUCGAAUCUGUCUCCUGAUUUUGUUCUAUGAUAUUACCUGGCGGUCAGUUGUGCACGGAAACUGUAAUGCGUUUGUGGUUUAGAUACUGACCAACGAAGCAAAACGAUAUUGUGCAACGGCAGCUAAACCAAUAUGCAAAUGCAAACAAUAAACAGCGUUCGCUUGAGGCGCGCCUUUAUUAAAUGUUUAAGUUUAAACUUAGUUUAAUUUAAUUGAAGAUUUGUAUUAGGCGUACUAAGAAUAUCUCUGUAUUACAUACUAGUACUAAAACAAGAAAGCGUAAAAAACAAAACGGAAACAUUCAAAAUACACGCUAAACUUAUUUAUGCAUAAAAUAACAUUUUUGUUUGCUUUGUUCAGCGCUUGAAUGAUAUUUUGCCCAAUACUGGAAGAGGUUGCCUUACAUAGCAGAAAUACUUAGAUAAGUCAGAGCAAAAGCGCUAGGACAAACAGUCCUAUAAAAAAUGUGCUCCUUUUUUAAAUGUUCCAAGAUUAUUUUUGUAUGUUUUAAAGAAUUAGUACAUCUUUUAAUUACAAUUUUUAUUAACUUUAAUAAUGGUCAACUUUUGCUAUUUAUAAAACUGUUUUUUUGAAUGAAGAUAAUUAAAACUCCUCCCGAAAACAAGUUCUACAUUAACCUAAAGUGGAAGCACUAUGGCCAACUGAGAAAUUGUAAGCACUUUUUGUAGUAACCUACUGAAACAACACGAUCCAAAUGAACCCGUUGAUAACUCUUAAUGAAUUUUACUUCCAUUUAUGACAUUUACUACUCUACUCUAAGAGCAAAAUGAAAUUGUUGAUCACAGUAGGAGAAGUGAAGAAGACACACGAAUUGUAUACAAAUUUGUACCCAGUCCAUAUAAUCUGAAAAAAAGCUACUUCAUAAUAUAUAACAGCAUACAUAUAUAUUUUUCUAAAGUAGAAAACACAGAUGAAACCCCCAGACACAAAGAUGCGCUUUUAGGGAAAGUUUUCAAGGAAAAGCCCAAAGUAAAUAUUGUAGUUUGCCAUUCGAAGACGAAUGGAUAAUAUAUCAAUGCGCUGUAAAAACACAUAAAUAGUAUUAAAGCAUGCCAGCACAUAUGACUUACGAUGUGUUGAGCAGGCGUUGUACGUAAAGGUGAUUGAACGAGUUGCAUUCAAUAAAUAAAAUAUGUACUUGCAAUA